CUGUGCGCUCUGGGCAUCGACCGCUUCCACGCCGCCACCUCCUCGUCCCAGCCCAAGGCGCGGCGGGUGGCGCGCUGCCGCUCGGUGCUGCUGAAGCUGCUGCUGGUGUGGCUGGCCGCCCUGCUGCUGGCCAGCCCCGAGAUCUUCCUGUGGCAGCUGAGCCGGGCCGUGGCGCCGGCCAGCGGCCGCCUGCUGGACUCCUGCUCCAUCGGCCUGAGCUCGCCGCUGGCGCUCCAGCUGCCCGACUCGCUGCACUCGCUGCUGCUCAGGUACCACCAGGCCCGCAUGUGGUGGUGCUUCGGCUGCUACUUCUGCCUGCCCGUGCUCUUCACCCUGCUGUGCCAGCUGGCCACCCGCAACGUGAGCAGCGACUCCAGCGCGGCGCAGAAGCAGCGCGGGCUGGAGGACGGCGCCGGGGGGGCCGGGGGGGCCGGGGGGGGCCACGCGCGGCUGCAGCACCAGGCGGUGGAGCGGCAGCUGGGCUGCACGCUGCUGGCCCUGGCCGUGGUCUACGGCCUGUGCGCGCUGCCCGAGCACGUGUGCAGCAUCACGCUGGCCUACACGCACGCCGCCGUCUCCCAGGAGACGGCCGCCAUGCUGGCGCUGCUGCACCACUUCCUGCUCUUCUUCAAGUCCUCGGAUCAGUUUAAGGAGCCGUGUCCAAACAGCUCCUGA